AUGAGCGACGAGUACAACCUAAGUAUCGACCUGAAGAAGACGGAGCUGCUGAAGGAGCAUUUGAAGACCAUAGCCAAAGCUAUACAUAAUGAGUUCGGGUACUUUUGCCCAAGUAAUGGGAUGGAGGUCCCUGAGGACCCCUCCUACAGCAAAUUCUCGAGGAGCGUAUGGAGCACCAUUAACACGUCCUGGAGGAUGGAAGAUUUUACCAGAAUGGACCUUACAGGUGUAUUGAAUAUCCUGAAGAGGAACCCCUACGUAAUGGGGUGUGUAUAUUUCCUGAUCAUUUUCACGUGUGUUUAUUUGUUAACUUUCAUUCUGUAUACCAAAUUUUUUCGGAGGCUGAUUAAAUCCAUUCGUUGCAAAACGUGCAAAAGGAAGAAACAGAGGAGAGAACAACAGGAAAGUGAAAAUAAGGACGUAAUUGAAAAUGUGAAGAAACGAUUUUUUAACAUUAUGACUUAUGCAUUUUUGAGUUCUUUGCUUUGUGUUCUGAUGGGUUUUGGUAUCUGGUUUAUGAUUUCCUUUUUUAGAACGAGGAAUGGGAUUUAUAUGAAUGUGUGCAGUGCGUCUACUUCGAUUGAAAAUUUCCUGACCGACCGCUGUUCCGUGAAGGGCAGUGACGUGGAUGCAUCUUGUUACUCCCUGGAGCACAUGGUCACCGACACGGUAUCCAUCGUGGGGCAGUAUCAGGAUCUCAAGACGCAGAUAAAGGAGGACAUGCUGGUGGGCCAGAAGAGGUCCGUCCCGCUCCUCACAGACAUCCUCAGCGCGUUCGAAAACCUGAAGAAGCUACAUCUAAACGUGCGUCGGAACAACGACAUCCUGGAGCAGCAGUACUUCCACACGUUUCCCGUACUGACGAGGUUGGUGAAAGUUCUAGACGUAGUCAUCCAGGAGGGGGAGAUCAACUUGAAACAUACACAGGGCACCCUGGAUGACGCAAAGGAAGCAGUCAAAGGAAGCUUCGAAGAAAUUGAUGAAGUUUUAGUAAAAACAUUUAGAGAAAACAUGGAAAAGGUAAACGAAAAGAUUACCCUCUUCAAUACAUCCAUGAACAGAUUAAUACACCAGUAUAAGAUAAAGCAGAAAAUAAAAAAGUACACCACGUCUAUUCUGAUUGUUAAGUUGGUGUUGCUCAUUCCUCCUCUUCUCAUUCUGAUCGGACUAGUGGUAUUCAUAUACCUUUUGGUGAAAGGAGACGUAGGAAAUAGUAGCCACUUUUUUUUGGACCUCUUUGGAGUGUUCAGCGCGUAUUUUGGGUUUCUAACGAUUGUGAUUUUGUUAAUGGGGGUAAUAUUGCUCAGUACGUCCAUUUUGGGGGGCACGACCUGCAUCAUCGCAGACAGGGUUUUAAAGAACGAGCUGAAUUUUGACGUGCUGAAUGACACCACGAUUGACUACUGUCUGAAGAACGAAAAUUCGCCACUUAUAGCGGAGGACAUCACGAAAGGAAUUGUAGACAACAUGAAGUACCUUGACACGAGAGAAAUGGAAAAGAAGGUGCAUGAAUAUAAUUCUAAUUUUAAAGAAAUGAAGAAAACAUUCCACGAAAGUACGCGCAACUUUGUCAACUACAUGUGGGUGGUUAUUACGAAGCCGAACGGGAACAUGCUUUUAGAUCGAAUCCGUUUGGAGAAUCUUAGAAAGUCCCUCCUGGCAACCACCAUCACUCGGGAAAACAUUAGAUUUGCCCAGUUCAAUUUGUGGGGAAUAGAUGAAUACCUGCAAUAUUUGAAUCGCUAUUUUUUUGGCGAUAAUCAAUCUACCCUCUGUUUCGAAAAUGCAGACUGUGAGAGGGAUAUUGGUAGGUAUAACAUCAGCUUUGGAUCCUCCAUUAAUGACGCCGGGUACCAGAGGAUCAGGGACAGUGUUAGACGAGGUAUCCCGAAGGACGACCUGGACAAUGUGGUGAAUCUGUUCAUUUACAAGUCCAAAAUCAGGAACGAAAAGAUCUUCUCCGUAGACGACCUGGACAGCAACAUGAAGCAAAAAAUUGGGUGGAGCGAGUACACACCAAGGAUUACAAAACCGGGGGAUGAGAAUCAGCAGACCUCCCUCCUCAGGAAGUACCUUGUGGAAGACAUUGAAAAGCUCAACUUCAACCAUGUGAUUAGCUUCUUUGAAAGAAUUAAAGAAAAAUUCGUUACCCUUAGGGAUAUGAUCAUUACGAAGGUACAGCUGCUGGUCAAGAACACCAACUGCAGCAGACUCGUCCGCGAACUCCAUAACCUGAAGAACCUCUACUGCGACAAUGUCGUCCUGAAUAUGACAAUUCUGUCCGCCGCGCUUAUCGCCUUCUCAAUCAUUUCAUUCUUCCUCUGGUACUGCUUUUUGUUUUUUUGGCUGUACUACCAGAUGAAGAUGAUGUGA